CCGUGGUGGCAUGGCGCAACAAAGCAUCGCCCAGACACGGGCCAACCCCGGGCAAGCUCACCAAGAGUCUCGGCGCCGGGGCGGUGGCUUGCAGGCUUGCAGCAGUUGCAUGUCGGUCCGAGAACACCAAAACACGCCCUGACGCCCCAGAGGAAGCCAGAGGAAGCGGAUCUUUCUCGUGGCCACCCACACCCACCCCGCACUUGCAGCAUCCUCCCAUCCCAUCCCAUCCCAUCCCAUCCCAUCCCACGCGCUUUUACACCUCACAGGAAUCUCAAAACUGGUCAUUUAUCUUGGCGCCCAGAAGCUAGACUCUAGGAUUGUGUGUGAUGGAGCACACGAAGAAAAAUUGAGACAUGGAUGGACAUGCGUUCCCAGGGGCCCAGGGCCAUGCCCAUCCUGGUUAACGUUACAAUACGGUGCGUUUGGGUGAGACUACCAACUAUCUAUUCGACGAGGGGCAUGGGUUGGGUCUGGGGGCUCCAGAGCUGGUAUUUUAGUUCACAUGGCUUUCUCCAUGGGGACGAAUUCCACGGUUGGGGUAUAUAAGUAGAAGCUGUUCCCCCCCCCCCUGGUUGAGGUUGGACAAGACAAGUCAAAAGUUACUCGAGCAUCACUCUCUUUCUUUGCUCUUCGAAGCACACUCCUCCUUCCCUUCUCUUCGAUAUCUUCAAUCACAUCAAACCGCUAUCAUGGCCGGUGGUGGUGGAAAACCACAGAAUAUCUUCAAGCUUAACCGUGGAGAUGAUCCAAAGGAAGUUCUGAACUGGCGACUAUGGUUCGCUGUUGUCUCUUUUGGUAUCAUGGGAGCUGCCAGAGGUAUUGACGAAGGUCUUAUCUCUGGUACUCUCGCCAAAUCAAACUUCCAAAAACUUCUCGGACUCGAUACAAUGGACAAGGUACAACUCGCAAACGUCAAGGGAAACAUCUCUGCUAUGGUUCAAAUCGGUAGUGUUGGUGGUGCCGCUUUGGCAUUCGUUCUCUGCGAUCGUAUUGGACGUCUCUGGGCUACUCGUCAACUCUGCCUUCUCUGGAUUCUCGGUAUCGUCAUCUUCCUCACCAACGGUGGACGUCUUGGACAAGUAUAUGCUGGUCGUUUCAUCGCUGGUCUGGGUAUCGGUCAAACAACAGUCGUUGCCCCAGUCUACCUUUCUGAAAUCGCACCAAAGUCCGUUCGUGGUCUUUGCACUUGCGCCUUCUCUGGCUCUGUUUACAUCGGUAUCAUGCUUGCAUACUUCGCAUCAUGGGGCUCCCAAUUACACAUCAAGGAGGGAACUAGCAACCAAUGGGUCGUCCCAACCACAAUCCACGUCAUGUUCGCCGGCAUCAUCAUCAUCCUCUCAUUCUUCAACUACGAAUCCCCCCGAUACCUCGUCAAAAUCGGCAAAGACGACGAGGCCACCACCAACCUCGCCCGCGUCCGCAACCUCCCCGUCGACCACGACCACGUGAUCAAAGAAAUCGCCGAGAUCCAACAGCAGCUCCACGAGGAGCAAGAAGCCACCCUCGGCCAAGGCUGGAUCGGCGUCCUCAAGGAGAUGUUCCUCAUGCCCAACAACCUCUACCGUAUCUAUCUUGGCCUCUUCUCCCAACUCCUCUCCCAAUGGUCCGGCGCCCAGAGCAUCACCAUCUACGCACCCGAGUUCUUCGCCCUCCUCGGCACAAAAGGCCAAAACGAGAAGCUCUUCGCAACCGCCAUCUUCGGCGUCGUGAAAUUCGUCGCAGCCAUCAUCUGCGCCCUCUUCCUCGUCGACGUCAUCGGCCGCAAGCGCUCCCUCGGCAUCGGCAUCACCCUACAAGCCAUAUCCAUGUGCUUUAUCGCCGCGUACCUGACCGCCGUCCCCGAACUCGAAGAAGGCCAAAAGUUCACCAAGUCCCAGAAGCAGGCCUCCACCGCCGCCAUCGUCAUGAUCUACAUCUCCGGCUUCGGAUGGGCCAUGGGCUGGAACAGCAUGCAGUAUCUCCUCAACGCUGAGAUCUACCCCUUGCGCAUCCGAGCCGUGUCCUCCUCCAUGGUCAUGUGUUUCCACUUCGUCAACCAGUACGGAAACUCCCGCGCCGUGCCAAACAUGCUCCUCCCCACCGGCGAGGGCGGCCUCACCCCCGCGGGAACCUUCUGGCUGUUCACUGUCAUCACCAUCCUCGGUGGGAUCUGGGCGUGGUUCUUCAUCCCCGAGACGGCGGGCAGGAGUCUGGAGGGUAUGGAUAGACUGUUCACGCUCAAGUGGUAUCAGAUUGGGCGGUUCGGAGAGGAGGACGCGAAUGUGCAGCAGGCGGAGGCGGAUAAGUUUGCGAUGGAGAAGGAUAAUGCGAGGGAGACGGUGCAUCAGGUUGAGAAGGUUUGAGUUUUGAUGAUGAUGAAGAGGAGAGGGGAAGGGGUUGGGGAGAAGGGGCAUGGAGAAAAGUGCUGUGCACUGAUGCUGUUGUAGAAGUACUUGCUUACCUGCAUUAAGAUAUGAAAUAUAAAUGAAUAUAGAUGAGCAAUAAUGAG